AUGGAUUUCUCCACGUUUGUCAACCCAGCUGAUCUGACCUUUGACGGCUCUGCCCAGCAACCCUUCACCACAGCCAACUCUUCCAAGUUUGACACGUUUGAUUUCUCCGCACCCGCCGAAGAAGAGCUGGUACAUAAGCACAAGGACUCUGCCGUCGACCUGACUAAGCUUCAUCAGUUUCAACAAGAGCAAGAUUACUCAUCCACAAGGACGAAGAGGGUCAAGAUCGAGCCGACCGUGUUCGACGCUUUCCUCGACAACUACUCUUCAGAGUCCAACACACCGUCUCCUGCUGCAGACUUUGAUUUUGUCUACAGCACCGCCAACUCACCCGGCGAGUUUGCGAGAGAGGAGAGCCGCACGAGCUCACCUGAAGUAUCCAACGACAUGUCAGCCUACACCCCGGGUACCGCUCCUUCCGCCUACGGAUACCAGUCUCCAGAAGCCAUCCACAUCCCCCAGGUCGAGGACAGCCUCUCGCUCAAAGUCACCAUGGACAGGACCAAGACGCGUGCCGAGACCCAGACCAAGGUCACCAUGGUCUUGGAUCCUUUGCCUGAAACCUACAAAUGGGCUCGCUUUGCCCGCCAGACCAUCUCGAAGCCGAAGCAGCUGGCGACUGCAGAAGAGAUCCGAGACAAUCAAAAGAAAGGCGCAGCUGUCUCCAUUGAUUUCACCCUCGUCUGCGCCGUUGCGGUCGAGGAGCAGAAAGACAUGGAACUUGCUUUUGCACGUGCUCGAGGUGAGGGUGAAUUCCCUGCCAGAAGUCCACGUGUCGACGUCUCCGAGCUGGAGAAGGAUGACCCCGCACACCCUCAAAACGGCGGUGCAGUCAUCAUCUGCAAUGGCUGUCAAGAACGCGAGAAGAAGCGGUUCGGCCGCAAGAAGAAGCGCAACGAAGAAGAGGAAGAGGAGUGGAGCACCUACGAUGACAAGCGUAUCAUCAUUGUCAAUGAGAAAGAGUUCAAGCGACUGGCAGACGCCGAUGCCGCAGAUAGCAAGUGGGGCUCAGGUGCAAAGAAAGUCGAGUUCUCCAUGCGCAUUGCAUGCUACUGCAGACAUCAAGAGUCCAAGACGCCAGUCGGGUAUAGGGUCAUCUUUACAAUAAGGGGCGCCAACCGAGAGCUGCUAACUCAAUGUGUGUCUGAGAUUCUCCAAGUUACCGACGAUCACAAGAACAAGGAAAACCCCCAAACCGAGCUUCUGUCGCCGUCUCUGGGCCUGCAAACCUCUAUGCCCAAUCAGAGCCAGCAAUUUCAGCAAUAUCCAUUAUACCCGCAAUACCCAAUGACGACACAAUUCAACUUCACUGCGCCAGCACCCACACCCUACGGCUACAACCAUCCCCCUACAGUCUUCGGCAUGGAGUCGCAACCUCCAACACCCAUGUACUCGCGCCCUCCUUCGCCCGGCAUCCACUCACAGCCAACCACUCCAACUCUGAAAGCAUUCAACUUCGGCAACUAUCCUCACUUCAGCCAGGCUGUUGCCCCCCAGCAGCUUACGCAGACCCUGAACAGGGUGGUCAACCCUCAGCAGACGCUCCAAACGCUUCGCCACCCCGUCACAGCCCAGCAGUCGCAUCCUCUACCAAACUACGCUGCUGCACCUCAGCAAGCACCCCAAGCAAUGAACUUCUCCAUGCCUUCGCAGCAGCCUCCCCAUGUCAACACCCAGUUCUCGCCGACAGAGACGGGGUUCUACGAAUUUCCCAACUGGCAAGCUUAA